AUGCCUUCACUAACAGAAAAGGACAGACCAGUUGUCCAGCUGUUGCUGAGCACUGGCACUUGCCCACGAUGUAUUUUGAGGUUCUGCUGCGUGGGAUCACAGGCACUUUACAGACGUCCAUACAAGGAUUUGAUGAAGGAUUUAAAAGACUUUCUGAAAAAUAAUCAAGAAGCAGAAGAUCCGGUUUGUUUAGAUCCACCUUGUAAAAGAAUCAGACUUGAGCACACAGAAGAAGGGGCUGGUGAUGUGAACCACAACGGGGAGCUCCAGCAGAUGCCUUUGGUUAAUGAUGGAAAUCCUGCCCUGGAGAACUCUGCUGUGAGGGUUUGCAACGUGUGUUUGGGAAUCCUGCAGGAGUUCAGCGAGGCUGACUUCGUUAAAAAGAUGUGCCAAAAGGUUCAUUCUGCUGACUAUCAGUUCACCAGUUUUGUCUUUUCUGUGUCGCUGCCCCCACAGCUGUCUGUUAGGGAGCGUGCUGCUUGGCUGCUGGUAAAACAGGAAAUGGGAAAUCUGGGCCUUUCCUUGGCAAAGGAUGACAUUGUUCAGCUGAAAGAAGCUUAUAAGUGGAUUAUUCAUCCCCAGCUGUCAGAAGAGUUGGGUGUCCCAGCUGAUGGAAAGAGUUUGUUUGAAGUUAGCGUGGUCUUUGCUCACCCAGAAACAGAGGAGGAGUGCCAUUUCCUGUAA